AUGGCUUCUGCGAAUCCAUCAUUUGGUCUUUCAGAGAAUGGUGAAGAGGCUUUUAAGAAAAGAGAUGAAUCCGUUAGAUCAACUACUCCUUGCACUAAAACCGAACCACCCACCGCCGCUCAACCUCCUCAAACUUGCACAGAAGGAACAUACCCAACUGAUUCAGCUGAUCAAUAUAAUAACGUUAAUGAUGAUGAUGAUAACAACCAAACUGUUGUUGUUGCAGGCAACAACCCAAAAUCUACUAUUAUUGUAGGCGGCGGCCAUCCUACAGGACAAGCGCAGGUUGCUGAUUUGACUUCAAUGG